AUGAUGAUGGACAACGGAGACUUCACUAACACUCUCCACACAUGGGAGGACCUGUCUUGCAAGGUUUGUUGUCCUCUCAUCAAAACUUUGUUCAUUAUCAAAUAUGUUUAUUUUAUAUAUCUUAUUUAGCUGUAUCUGGUUUGUUCCAGGGUCUUGGAGACAAAAUGUCAAAUGCAAGCAAUAGUAGAUGCUCAAGUCCAGCAAAUGGCGUUCGUAGUGAUGAGGGAAAUCAACCCAGUGGUAAAACUAACAUUCUAUUGGAUUUGGGCCUUUGGAUACAAUUCUACAAGUUCAUAUAAAAAAUAAAAAUGUUAAAGGUGUAGGGUAAUUCACUCUUUUAUUUCCUAGAAUCCUAUUAUGAUAUAAUAAGACAGCUUCAUGAUGAAAUAGACAGGUCCAAAAUGUCAUACAAAGAAGUAGAGGCCAUGGUCCAAGCCCACAUGAAGGUAUGAUGACGCAUAGUAGCAAAUGACUGUUUGACGACUAAUUGUUUAUGGUUUUCUUUAGUAUACAGUAAUGUUUGUAAAAAAUAAAAAUGUUUUACGUUCUCAGCCUAUUUUGGAUCAAAUUCGUUCAGAUGCAUGUAAAUUGGUGAUUAGGUCAUCAGCAUUGGAGGAUAGCUGUCACAGGAAAGACCAGCAGGACAGACAUAUUCUCUUACAUAUCCCCUCCCUCCAAGAGCUCCUUUUGAAAUUAGCCUUUACCAAAAACUCGGUAGGUACUCUAGAAAUGUUUCCCCUCUUGUGUUUUUGAUGUGAGGCUAUAGGAUCAUCUUCAUAGUCAUAUGUGACCAUCAUGCAUGUAACCUCUGUGCUGUGUUUGACUGAAGGAUGACGUGCAGAGUUACCUGAUCUCUUCCGACCGAACAUUCCUACUCUCUGAGAACGAUGCUCUGAAAAUGGAGCUCAGAGAUGCCAAGUCUCGACAUGAGACUGUGAUGAAGAGCCUGCACCUUUCCCUUCACUCUGCUGAGCAGGAGAAUAAGAGCUCCAAGUUGACACUUCAGCAGAACCUCAGACUGUCUGAGGGCAAGCUACACUCCAUGGAGCAGAAACUCAAGGAGUUUGAGGGACAGGUCCUGUCCUUGCAGCACAAUCUCAUGGGCUCCAAUGAAAGGACUCAGAGUCUGCAGAAAACCCUCCGGUUCUCUGACAAUAGGCUCCAGUCCCUUCAGCAGGACCUGGAGGAGUCUGAGAAGAGAGGCCAAAGUCUGCAGCAAAUCCUUGGGGACUCCCAAGAGAGGAACCAGACUCUGCAACAUAACCUGGCUUCUUUUGAGAAGAACAUCCAGUCCCUUAGCCAGAACCUUAGCGCUUCAGAGAAAAAGGUUGAUUUCCUUCAGCACAAUAACUGGAAGUUUGAGGAGAUGGUCAAGUCUCUGCAGCAGACCCUCAGCUGUUCUGAGGGAAAGGUCUCUCUCCUGCAGCAGAGCCUGAAGUCUUCAGAGGAGAAGGUCUUAUCCCUCCAACACAAUCAUUGGGCCCUGGAGGAGAGAGUCCAGUCCCUGCAGCAGAGCCUCAACUCCUCAGAGGAAAAGCUCCAGUCGACACAACAUUGGCUCAAGGCUACAGAUGAGAAGGCCACAGCCCUGAAGGAAGCUCUCAGGUCUUCAGAGGAGAAGACCAAGUCCUUACAGGAGGCCCUGGGGGUCAGCGAGAGCUGGAUCAGGGCAACCAAGGCCCAGCAGCAGUCUCUGGAGAAAUGCAAAGAGGAGCAGGAGGAGAGGAUCAAGAGUUUGAUGCAGACUCUCAGGGUCACUGAGGUGAAGCACCACAGCACAGUGCAGGACCUGCAGGUGGGUCUUGAGAGUGCCAUGGAGAAGGUGGAGAUUCUGCAGGAUACACUGAACAGGACUGAGUCUGGGCAUGUGAAGGAGGUGGGGCAGCUUCAACAGAAACUGAACAGAGCUGCAAAGAAAUUGUCUUCAACAGAGCACGAGCUGCACAGCCAGAGUGAGUGUGAUAAUUUUGCUUCGUCAAUGUGAAAAUCCACAAAAAUAAUGUUUAAGAUUAUAUCAGAUGUUUCCCUUUAACUGUGUAAUCCUGAUUUUAUAUUGGUUUUAUUAGUUGCUGCCUUGAACACUAAAUUGCUGGAGGAGCAGUCAAAGGCAAGCAAGGACCUUGAGAGAUCCAUUAGAUAUGAGAAAGAGCUGCAAGACACUAUCAAGAAUCUUAGGUAAACACAAGCACACACAGACUUUCCUUUAUUGAUACAAAUAAACAGUCACCCUAGCCAAUGGUUGGACAUUACUCACUCCCUAUGUCCCCUCUCUCCACUCUAUCAGGAAGAAGCUGAGAACUCAAACUGAGGAGAGGGGGUUUGCUCUGAAUAGCCUGAGGAUGCGUCAGAAGGACCUGGCGGAUGUACAGCGCCACCUACAGGCAGACCUGCUGAGGUGCAGCCAGGUCUGUGGCAAGGAGAAGGGACUGCAGCACUUCACCCCCCGCAAGGGUGACCUGAAGGAGGAGUUCUUCCACCUGAGAACCAGCCUGCACUCCGUCCUGGAGAAGGAGGCUGGGAGAGAGGACCCGGGGAGGCAAGACUGGAUGCAGGUGUUAGACAAGAGUAAGGAAUGGGAGAAAAAGGCAGAAAAACUGGUGAGACUGUAAAUCAUGCACUGUAAAUAAUGGACAAUCGAUACACAUUGGUAUAUUUUGCUCACGGUACAGUUGCUCAGACUAAAGAAUCACUUUCAAUGUAUUUCUACUAUACUUGUUACAUUACCUCAGUAGCAGAAUUUAAUAAAGAAGCACAGCUGAGGUUUCCCAAUCUACAGAAAACUUGAAUUUCUGCAUCAUUAUUGCAAUUUGAUGAAGUUGUUGGCUUUAUGUUCCUUUUUUUCUGCAGGUGGACAGUUUAGAUUCUUUGCAGAGACACCAGCUUCUGGAAGAAGGAGGGGAUGAGAGAUACCAAUAUAGAGCAGGAGCAUGGAGAAGUGGAGCAUCACCCUCCAUCCUUUCCCCUUCUGCUGUGACGGUGCCCCAGAGGAACCUCUCUACGAGGCCCGCUUCUCCAUAUCCCUAUGGGUAAUCUAAUCCGCAUCUCUGCAUAGAUUUCAUAGUUAAGCCAAAAUCUUUUCUUUUCAUGCUCAAUUUGUUGUCUCCCAAUUUGCUGUCUCCUGGGAGAGUGGAUAGAAGGUUCUGGGGUUUUAUGAUUUUACAUUAUUGAGUGCCAUUACAGACCUGUAUGUAUGGUUUUGUCUUCUUUUCUUCACAGGCAAUAUUUAGGCCAGGAGAAGAAGCUUGGGUCUAGCUCCCACCGUGGGUUGAAUGAUUCUGAAGGCAUGCAGCAUUUACUAACUAUCCAAAAAAGACUGAAGAACCUCCAGUCAGGUAAAAAGCAAUCACGUUAAGCUAUCACAAAGAGAAUAUGUAGAUGACAUACAUCCAUUGACCUCUUUGUAGACAGGCACCACCCUGUCAUCAAUUCCAGGUCAGUCAUAACAAUGGAACUUUUUAAUAGGACAAAAGGAUUCACAAAAUGUUUAAAGAGACCAUUGAAUUACAGAAAGGAAUAUUUUGCUAAUUAUAUGGCCUGAUAUCCCAUUGGUGUUUUGCUUUCAUUUACACAACCAAAGCUUAGAGACCUUCAUUAUGACAGAAGUAGGCCAAUAUUUGCCCUUGUUCUGGCAUUUGUUCCACCAAAUUAUUGUAAAUUAUGAAUGCAGUAUGAAUUUGUUUUGUCUUAGUUGAAUUCCAGAGGAAUAUCAAGGGUUUACUCCGGACGUCAUAGCACCAGCAGCGAGACUCUUUGGGACCAUUGAAUUACUUUACAACUGA